AUGAGCAAACACGACAUCUCUCAAUCCGAGAGCGCCCUCGGCUCUGGCAGAGAUGGUAAGAGGAAGACUUGUAUGAGACACUGCGCGAGAUUUUGGUGGAUAUAUCUCAUUGCUACCGUCGCCGCAAUUCUGCUUGUUGUCCUCUUGAUUAUCUUCGUUGCCGUUCCGAAGAUCGCCCAGUCAAAGCUUGAUCAUGCUGAGCUCACGGUUGACGGAAUCAUUGUCUCCAACACAGCACCCACCUCGUAUAACAUGGCUAUCAACUCGACGUUAAGAUCAGACGGCUCCGUCAAGGCCACCAUCGAGCCUUUCGAUGGCGUAAUGUAUCUGGAAGACUUGGAACCGCACACCCCCUUCGUCAACCUUAAGUUCCCGGAGACCAGGUCUGUCAAGCUGCAGACCGUCAAUAUCAGCCAGCCCAUCGAAAUUGUCGACCUGGCCGCCUUCACCACCUUCAACACCUGGCUCCAGAAUAACGAGUCCGUCAGAGUCACCGUCAAGGGCAACACUCACGUCAAGGUGAACGGAAUCGCAAGACGCUAUGGUGUUACUUUCAGGAACACCAUGACCUUGAAAGGCUUGAAUGGCUUCAAGGGCCUCAAUGUCACUGAUAACUCCAUCUCUCUCACCCCUGAUGCCCGGGGUGAUAACUUCAAGGGCUUCGUUUCUAUCCCCAACCACUCUGUUCUCACCCUCGAGAUCGGAAACACCUCCUUCUCCAAUCUCCUGAACGGCCAGGACAUCGGCACGGUCUACAUCGACAACCUCGUCCUCUACCCGGGCAUGAACAACGUCAGCAUGCGCGCCAACAUCAGCCAGGCACCCGUCCUUGCUGCCAUUGGCCAACGCCCCGCCUGCGAGAGUGGCAUGAUCCCCUUCUCUCUCCGCGGCAAGGACGUCGUCAACAGUGGCCAGAGGCUGUCGUACUUCGCCGACGCUUUGUCCUCUGGCGAAGUCGUCACCAACAUCAACAUCGGCGCCUCCCUGAAGAAGUCUCUAAAUCUCACCCUUUCUUGCCAUUGA